GAUGACUAAGCCAAUUGGAAUUAACAUUAUUGCAGUGCUCACCAAUGGAUGACAUUGAGGGCGGGUCUCGAUGUGUUUGGGUUCGUGCUCCUCCAGGGAGUGAGACGGCGGCGACGAGGAAAGUUUAUUUUUUGGUGGUGGUUCCCCCCUCCUCUUCCCCUCGCCGUUUGUUUUGAUCUCGGUAUCUGGUGGCUCAAUUUCCCUGGAGGAUAAAACGGGCGGGAAAAGUGGCUCUGCAGCAGCGGCAGUGGGAAAGAGGUGGGUUCUGCCUGUGCGCCGCUGCGGGCGAAGGAGGCGACGGCCGUGGCACCUGAAAGUGGUUUGACUUUUGCACUGAAUGUAGCUGGAACAGAUCCUUACGGGCUUCAGCAGCCCUGAGAAGCUGUUAAGACAGAAUUUCGUGUUUCAGCAGAGUUUUGCACAGAUUCUGUUCUCAUGCAAACUGAUGAAGGAGAAAUUUUGUCGAAAGCUGGUUCCAAGAUGGAACAUGAGGAUUUUGUAAUGGAAGGGCAUGGCAAGACUCCACCUCCUGGUGAAGAAAACAAACAAACAUUGUCUGUGGCUACCCAUGACAAAAAUCCAGUGGUACCAGAGGAGGGAGAAUCUGUGGCAGAAGAAAAUCCAGAGCCCUCUUGGUCUUGCACCAGCUAUCACAGAAGAGAGAAGGAGCAAGAAAAGGAAGAACAGUUAAUGGAAGACAAGAAAAGAAAGAAAGAGGAUAAGAAAAAGAAGGAAUCUACUCAGAAGGUAUGCCAGGUCACAGAUCAAAAAACCAAAGUGCCCGAAGCGACGAAACCAAGUUUAAGCCAACCAGUGACCGCCAGCCCAAUUGGCAGCUCUCCAUCGCCACCAGUCAAUGGUGGCAACAAUGCCAAAAGGGUGGCAGUGCCGAACGGUCAACCGCCAAGCACCGCCCGCUACAUGCCUCGGGAGGUGCCACCGCGAUUCCGUUGCCAGCAGGACCACAAAGUGUUACUGAAACGUGGGCAGCCCCCUCCGCCAUCUUGUAUGCUCCUUGGGAGUGGAGUUGGGCCACCUCUUUCUCCAGCACCUGGAGCAAAUCCAAACAACGCACAACCAAUAACAGGAGUGCUGCUGCCAUGUGACAGUGGGACUGCGACAGAUUCAACAACUGGAGGUGGUGCUUCUUCAAAUUAUGCAAAUUCCACUUGGGGUCCUGGAGCCUCCAACAACACCAAUGCCAACCCAACUCACAUCUGGGACAAGGUGAUUGUAGACAGGUCUGACAUGGAAGAGUGGCCUUGUAUUGCCAGCAAAGAUACUGAGUCUUCUUCCGAAAACACCACAGACAACAACAGUGCCUCAAACCCUGGCUUGGAGAAGAGCACUCAGCCAGGAAGCACCACUAGCAACAAAGGAAAAGGAAACCAGUGCCAGUCUGGAAGCCCUGGUAACGAAUGUAAUCUUGGGGUCUGGAAAUCUGAUCCUAAGGCUAAAUGUGUUCAAUCUUCCAAUCCUGCAGCAGAGAGUAACAGUGGUCUAGGAAGCUGGAGGAACUUGAGUGGGCAGGACAGAAUUGGCCCCAGUUCUGGCUUCAGCAAUUUCAACCCAAAUAGCAACCCAUCUGCUUGGCCAGCACUAAUUCAAGAGGGCAAUUCAAGGAAAGGAACUUCGGAAGCUGAUAAUGGUGGCUCCAAUGCACAGAUUACUACAGCAGGUCAGACUUCUAGGGAACAGCAGUCAAAGAUGGAAAAUGCGGGUGUUAACUUUGUCUCUGGCAGAGAACAGGUUCAAAUUCACAACACUGAUGGACCAAAAAGUGGAAACACUAACUCCUUGAACUUAAGUUCACCAAAUCCAAUGGAGAAUAAGGGAAUGUCCUUUGAAAUGGGAUUUGGGAACCCCUCCAGGAGCACUGAUGCCCCUUCACAAAGCACUGGGGAGAGAAAGACUGGGAGUGUUGGGUCUUGGGGUACAGUUAGGGGGCCUUCUGGAAUGGACAGUGUCUCUGGUCAAAGCAACUCUGGAAAUCAUGGGAACAAUGGAAAGGAUAGGGAGGACUCGUGGAAGGGAGCUUCUGUUCAAAAAUCGAAUGGGUCAAGAAACGAUUCUUGGGAUAAUAGUAACAGGUCUACAGGUGAUGGGUCUUGGACCAUUAACCCUCAACACUCUAGUGAAAGUAAAUGGAGUGAAGGGAACAAAAUGACAUCAGGGGUGUCUCAGGGAGAAUGGAAACAGCCGUCUGGGUCUGAUGAACUGAAGAUUGGCGAAUGGAGUGGUCCAAACCAACCAAAUUCUAGCACUGGAGCAUGGGACAAUCAAAGAGGCCAUCCCGUUCCUGAAAGCCAAGGCAAUUCCCAGGCUCCCUGUUGGGGUAGAUCUCCUAGCUCUACAGGAAGUGAGGUUGGAGGUCAAAGCACUGGAAGCAACCAUAAAGCAGGAAGUAGCGACAGUCACAAUUCUGGACGUCGAUCGUAUAGGCCUACACAUCCUGAUUGUCAGGCAGUCUUGCAAACUUUGUUAAACAGGACUGAUUUGGAUCCUCGAGUGCUUUCAAAUACUGGCUGGGGUCAAACUCAAAUCAAGCAAGAUACUGUUUGGGACAUAGAAGAGAUGCCAAGGGCAGAGGGAAAGGCUGAUAAAGGAACUGAGGGGUGGGAGAGUUCUGCCAUGCAGACAAAGAGCUCAGGGGGCUGGGGAGAUGCACCCAGCCAAAGCAAUCAAAUCAAGUCUGGAUGGGGGGAGCUCUCUACUCCAACAGAGUGGAAAGAGCCCAAAAACACUGGAGGAUGGAAUGAUUUCAAGAACAAUUGUUCUAACUGGGGAGGAGGAAGACCAGAUGAAAAAGUGACAGCAUCUUGGAAUGAGAAUUCUAACAAAGACCCAGGAUGGAAUGGACGGCCACCUAAUCAGGGAUGGUCUUCUGGAAAGAAUGGCUGGGGAGAGGAAGUUGACCAAACAAAAAACAGUAAUUGGGAAAGUUCAGGAAACAAGCCAAUGUCUGGUUGGGGUGAAGCUGGGCAAAAUGAGAUUGGGACUUGGGGUAAUGGUGCAAAUGUAAACUGUUCUUCAAAAGGAGGGUGGGAUAAUGGUAAAAGAACUCCAGCAUGGAAUGAUGCUGGUAGACAAACCAAUUCCUGGAAUAAUCAGCAACACCAACACCAUCCGCAGUCAGAAACACCUGGCUCAUGGGGCCCACCACCACAGCCUCCUGGUAAUGGGAGGCCACCCAAUCCUAACUGGAACAGUGGGCCACAGCCAACUGCCUCAAAGGAAGAGGAGCCCAGUGGCUGGGAAGAACCAUCCCCCCAAACAAUUAGCCGGAAAAUGGAUAUUGAUGAUGGCACUUCAGCAUGGGGAGAUCCCAGCAGUUACAACUACAAGAAUGUGAACCUGUGGGACAAGAACUCACAAGGUGGGCAAGCUCCACGAGAACAGAAUCUCCCAACUCCAAGAUCUAGCAAAGUAGCAACCUCAGUCUGGAACAAAAGCACACCUGCUGCAGAUAAUGGUACAGCUGCUUGGGGUGAACCAAAUGAAGCCAGUCCUGGAUGGGGUGAAGUUGAUGACACAGGGGCUUCUACAGGUUGGGGAAAUGGGCCCUCCAGUGCACCAAAUGCCAUAAAACCUAGUUCCAAACCACCUCAAGAUGGUUGGGGGGAUAAUGAUGGGCCAGUAACAGGAACACGGCAUUCCAGCUGGGAAGAAGAGGAUGAAGGAGGAGUCUGGAACACAGCAGGCUCUCAGGGAAGCAGUUCCUCCCAUAAUUCAACAAGCUGGGGACAAGGAGGAAAGAAACCACCAAUUAAGUGUUCGUUAAAAGGAGGAAGUAAUGAUUCAUGGAUGAAUGCUUUAUCUGAUCAGAUUUCAAAUAUGGGAUUGCUGAAUCAAACUGAGGACACUCCAGGCAAUAAGAUGGACUUAUCAGUAGGUGGUCUCCAGGAUAAGAAAUUUGAUGUGGAUAAACGAGGCGUGAAUCUUGGGGAUUUUAAUGACAUAAUGAGAAAAAAUCGGUCUGGUUUUCGUCCUCCUAAUUCCAAAGACAUGGGAACCCCAGAUGGUGGGCCUUACUUUGAAAAGCUGACUUUGCCUUUCUCCAAUCAAGAUGGGUGCCUUGGGGAUGAGGCUCCCUGCUCUCCCUUCUCCCCUUCUCCCAACUACAAGCUAUCUCCCUCUGGUUCCACACUACCCAGCGUCUGCCUUGGGGCAAUCGGCUCAGGGCUCAACCCCCAAACCUUCACUGCUAGACAAGGUGGCAAUCAAGGUCUGUAUGGAAACAGCACAACACAGUCGAGAGGAAUGCACCCACCAGUGCAGCCACUAAAUUCUUCCCCAAAUAUCCGGGCACAAGUGCCUCCCCAGUUUCUUUCUCCCCAGGUGUCUGCCUCCAUGCUCAAGCAAUUUCCUAACAGUGGUCUGAACCCAGGACUCUUCAAUAUGGGGCCCCAGCUUUCUCCUCAACAGAUUGCUAUGUUGAGCCAACUUCCACAGAUUCCCCAGUUUCAGCUUGCUUGUCAACUCCUCCUCCAGCAGCAGCAGCAACAACAACAACAACAACAACUGUUACAGAGUCAGAGAAAGAUUUCCCAAGUUGUACGACAACAGCAAGAGCAGCAGAUUGCCCGUAUGGUGAGCGCCUUUCAGCAACAGCAGAGGCAACCUAGCAUGAAACAUUCUCCAUCCCAUCCAGUUGGAUCUAAGCCACAUUUAGACAGCAUAGUACCUGGUGGUCUGAAUGUGAGUCUUUCGGAUAUACCCACCAAAGGGCAAAUUCCUGGAUACAGUUCAAGUUUUGGCUCAAGUGGCAUGGAUUAUGGCAUGGUGGGAGGGAAAGAAACUGGAACAGAAUCUCGCUUUAAACAAUGGACUUCUAUGAUGGAUGGGUUGCCAUCUGUAGCUUCCCAAGAUGCCAGUAUGCACAAAAAUGGGACGAUUGUGCCCCCCGGAAAAGCCCGAGGGGGGUCACCCUAUAAUCAAUUUGAUAUAAUCCCUGGUGACCCACUGGGCAGCCAUACAGGUCCUGCUGGAGAUAGUUGGUUACCAGCCAAAUCUCCACCAACAAGUAAGAUUGGAAGCAAAUCCAGCAAUGCCAGUUGGCCUCCAGAGUUUCAGCCAGGAGUGCCAUGGAAAGGUAUUCCAAACAUUGACCCUGAAUCUGACCCCUAUGUGACCCCAGGAAGUGUGCUUGGGGGUACAGCCACAUCCCCCAUUGUAGAUACUGAUCACCAACUUCUACGGGACAACAACACAGGGUCUAAUUCUUCCCUCAACACCUCGCUGCCUUCACCUGGUGCCUGGCCCUACAGUGCCUCUGACAAUUCCUUCACAAAUGUUCAUAGCACUUCAGCAAAGUUCAGUGAUUACAAAUCAACAUGGUCCCCAGAUCCCAUAGGACCCAAUCCCACUCACCUCUCCAACAAGAUGUGGAAAAACCAUAUUUCCUCAAGAAACACUACAGGGCUGCCCCGCCCACCUCCUGGUCUGAGUAAUCCAAAACCAUCCUCUCCCUGGAGUAGCACAGCACCCCGCUCACUAAGGGGGUGGGGAGCACAGGAUUCAAGGCUUGCCUCUGCCUCUACAUGGAGUGAUGGUGGAUCUGUUCGUCCCAGCCACUGGCUGGUUCUUCACAAUCUCACUCCACAGAUUGAUGGGUCAACUUUGAGGACCAUCUGCAUGCAGCAUGGUCCACUGCUGACAUUCCAUCUGAACCUGACCCAAGGCACCGCUCUUAUCCGAUACAGCACCAAGCAGGAGGCAGCCAAGGCCCAGACUGCACUGCACAUGUGCGUUUUGGGAAACACUACCAUCCUGGCUGAGUUUGCCACAGACGAAGAGGUUAGUCGCUUUCUGGCACAAGCUCAGCCUUCUACACCUGCAGCAACACCCAGCACACCUGCAACAGGCUGGCAGUCUUUAGAGACAGGACAGAACCAGACAGAUCCAGUUGGACCUGCUUUGAAUCUUUUUGGAGGGUCAACAGGGCUUGGGCAGUGGAGCAGCGGUGGUGGCAGCAGCAGUGGGGGUGACCUUGCUGGUGCUUCAUUAUGGGCCUCCCCAAAUUACUCUUCAAGCUUGUGGGGGGUUCAAAGUGUAGAAGAUCCCCACAGGAUGGGAAGCCCUGCUCCCUUACUACCUGGAGACCUUCUAGGCGGAGGGUCGGAUUCAAUCUGAACUUAAAACUUUCAACUCUGACCUCGUGACCUUUUUUUGGAACAGCAGCAGCACUAACUUGACCUUUUCUUUUUUUUCAACUUGCAAUAAAUACAUUUUAAAAGGAAAAAAGAAAAUGGAGAGAGAAAAAAGGUGGGUCAUUGACAGGACUGUCUGAGCACAUAGUUGCCUCCCUUAUAACUUCAGUUUUUUUGUUUGGAAUAUGAAUCCAAAAAGAGAACAUAUCACUCUUGAAAUACUUGAAUCAUGAACGCCAACUUAGAAAGACAAUGUGAAGCAAGUACACAUACCAUUUAAAUCUAAACACAAAAAAUUAAAAAAAUUAGUUUCUAGUUUUUCACUUUUUCAUGUUAUACAGAAGUUGUUGCUAAGAAACAUAUAUACUGAAAAAUAGCUUUUUAACUUCGUUUGCACUGGGUGUGUUUCCGUCCUUAGGUCUACUAUGUCGGGAACGGGCGGGGUUCAAAAGAAUUGGGGUUGGGGUGGGAAGACUUGACGGAGCCUCACUUUAAAAAACAAAAAAGGAAAAAAAAACACUUUGUGAUUGGCUGGUUGAUAUAAACCAGUAUGUUCUGGCACAUGUAACUGCCCAUGUGUGUGUGUUUCUGUGAGAGCGUGUAUGUGUGCAUGAUUGUGUGUAUGUGUGUGUGUAUAUAAGCAUUUUUGUCUUGGAAAGCUGCAUUGCUGUUGGUCAGCAACCUAUCUGGCUAAACUCUUGCUGAAUAAUGAUGGUGCCUGUGACUGGUGCAAAAUCAAAUUGACCUGUGUUAAAAGCUGACAGUUGGUGGUAUUUUUAUUUUGGCAGGGUAUUCAGUGCCGUACAGAUCUUGUUCUGACCCUGACACAGAGCAAAACACUGCCAUAUCCUAAGGAUUUGGUGAGAGGGGUGCCAGUGUGAAUAUUCAGAGUUUUUUUUUGGGGGGGGGGAGCGGGGAUAUUCUGUUUUGCCUAGAAGUAUAUUUGUGUCUCUAAUGAGAAUUUUUUGGUGAACCCAAGUUAACUUUUUAUGACAAGGUCUUUCACCUUUUGGAAAACAGCUGAGUAACGGGCAUCACAUUUCUUUGUGACAAAGACCUAUGUAAUGGUUGAAGCUUCUGCAGUACUUAAAAACUGAAUCCUGUACCUGUUCCUCAAGUCUGUAUACAAAGGUUCUUGUAAUCCAUUAAUGGAAAAUCCACCAAAAUUCUUGUAUUUUCUUAAGAGAUCUGCUGUUUGUGACAAAACUAAAAUGUCAGUAGUUUGCUGGCCUAUCUCAUUGUGAAAGCACAUGCAGCAACUUUUUGUUCUCCUUUCUCCAUAGUGAGCGUUACCUGUGCCAGGCCUAGGUGUAUUACAGCACCAGACCAUCACUGACAGAAACGUUUACUUACGAAUGUUCUUAAACCAGUGUGUACUUUGAGCAUUUUUUCUCUCUGUGUAUUUCCUGUGUAUGUCUUGCUUAGGCUUUGCUUAGGCAGGCAUAUAACUAGCAAAGACUUCUUUUGUUUAUAAAGUAUUGCACCUUUAUUAUUUUUA